AUGAGAUCGAGCUUCAUUGACGACGUGGCCGAGGAGGAGGAGGACGAUGAAUACGACCCCUAUCGUGGUGGCGGUGGUGGUGGCUUGCUGGUGACUGGACCUCUGGGUGUUGGUAAAACCACUCUAAUAGUGAAAGUCUUUGAAACCCUGAAAUCCUCAAACCCUAACUUAAAGAUUCAGGGUUUCUACAUCAGUGAGGUUAGACAAGGAGGUGAGAGAGUUGGGUUCCAGGUGGUCACAUUAGACGGCAGUACCGCUCCGCUUGCCUCAUCCAUCAUUUCCAGCCCUGAAUCUUUGAGAUGGCCCACUGUGGGGAAGUACAAAGUAGAUGUUGCGUCGUUUGAGUCCUUGGCAGUUCCUGAAUUGCAGGUAAGAGAAGAUACUGACCUAUUUGUCAUCGAUGAAGUCAGUAAGAUGGAGUUGUUCGGUUCAUCUUUCUUCCCUGCUGUAUUAAGAGUGAUGGAAUCCAAUGUUCCAAUCUUGGCGUCAGUUCCAAUUCCAAAAGUUGGCCGCGAUAUACCAGCAGGAUAACUAUGAGGGACAUAUGGUUGCUUUUGCUGGGCAUAAAUAUGGUACAAGGUCUACUGCUGAUUUGUUGCCAAUACUACCUACACUGUCACCAGCUUUACUCUUAAAUAGUAUCUUCAAAAGAUGAAUGCAGAUUCUGGUUCAUUGCCAUCCAAAGACAAGUAUAAGAAUAAGAAAUGUUGUUCAAGAAACUUUGCUUUAAGAAUCAUGCUCUUUCUCAUUUCCAUUUCACUCUAAAACCUGUAUGCUUCUCAAUCAUAAGUUUUAUCUAUGGUUACAAAAGUUAAUUUAUCUCUUUGGUAUUUACUUGCUAUUUGCUAUCUGUGGGAUAAAUUAUUAAGGAUAUGUCUCUAUUUUGCUUGUGGGGCUCUUCAAAAGCACAAGUCAUGGAUCAGUAAAUGAAGAAGAAGCUGAUAGGAUUGUAUAACUUCCUGGGCAACCCAAGGUCUCCUUCCAAUAGUUUUCGGGUUUCGGGUGAAGAAUGUUACAAGCAAGGAGGAUGUUAGUCAUAAAUAUGGUUUAGAAGUUUUGGUCACUAGCUUCGUGUGUAACUCUUAAUUUCAACAAGAAGCUAGUAGUUUUAGGUAUUUUGAUGCUUGUAAUUUUGCAAAACCUUUGGUUGGUCUUACAAUUGUGAUUGUUG